AUGCUCUUCACCAAGCUCCUCCUCGCUCUCCCCUUUGUCGGUGUCGCGUUCGCCGCGCCCGCACCCAAGGUCGCUUCCGUCGCUACCGUCGACAAGCGGGACAUUGACGUCUUGGCUAUUGUUACCGACCUCAAGACCUCCAUCUCUGCCUCCGUCGCCGGCAUCGAGCUCGUCUCAGCUGAGGCAGAGGUGGAGGCCGCUCUCGUCGCUGUUCUCGCCGCGCUCGACACUGCUCACUCGUCUAUCGGCUCGUCUGCUGUCGCUCGCCGUGAUGGUGGCAUCCAGGCUCUCAAGCGUGAGCUCGAAGCUCGGGACCUGAUCGACGACGUCGCCAAUGUCCUCGCCGAAGUCAUCCAGCUCGUCGAUGGGCUUGUCGACAACAUCGCUGCCGAGCUCCAGACCAUUCCUCUCAUCGCCGGCCUCCUUGCCCAGCUCGCGCCCGCUCUCAGCCUCGUGCUUGCGGGCGUUGACCUCGUCCUCGCCGGCGUCUUGCUCCUCGUCGGUCAAAUCCUCGCUGCUCUCGGUAUCAACCUCUCUCCCAUCCUUGGCUCCCUCAACGGCCUUCUUGGUGGUCUCCUCGGCGGUCUCCUUGGGUAG